AUGAUGGCAUUAUUCACUUUUACAGUGAUUUUAACUCAAUGUGGAAAGAAAAAUCCUAAGGCAGGAAAAGCUGCGGAUAAUAAGAAUACCGGAUCGAAGAAUGAAAAGCCGCCACCAGCGGCUACCUCGGCAGCUUCCAAUAACACCGCUCCAGGAACUGCGCCGAAAGCUGAUGCCCCGGCAGACGAUGGUAACUAUGAAGAAUUGGCAGUGCCACAGUAG